GUGGUUUAACCGUGAGAUUUGAGAUAACACGGGUCACAAACGUACUAUCAUUUACUUCUGAUAUGAUUCAAUAAUUGCACGCAUAAAAUAUUACAUUACUCAAUAUUACAAUUAUACCAUAAUUUAUAGACGUAUUGGGGUUUAUCAUUUUCAAUAAAGUGAAUAGCGCUUUAUAUUUGACAAUUGUCUUUUACCGCCAUUUUUGUAGAUCUAUUUCAAAACUUUUCAGAUCAGUUAUUACCAUUUGGUCUUGUGCUAAUUACCGAUAAUGCGAUCAUAUUUCAUAACAUAAUUGCAUGAAGUCAAAUAAGCAAAGAAAAAUUUCUAGACACAGUCCUUUUCUGAAAGAAGUGUAGUUUGGAUGAUUAAUGUGCGACUUGAAUUGAAACUAAAUAUAAUUAUUUUGGAUCUUCUACAAUUUGCCAUAUGUUCCAGCUGAAUUUAUCAAGUAAUAUGAAAUAAACAUGUAUGUUUAGGUUUCUUUUUUAAAAAGCAACUAUGCAUUACAAGUCAUAUGCAGUUAAUGAUGUAAGAAAAUAAACGCUUUAAGCAACUUGAAGAACAAUUGUAAAUUUUCACGACAAGAACUAUGGGAGGUCUUGUUUGCCUGGAAAGGAAACCGACUUCUAUAAACAAAUCGAAAACGUAUGGAUCUCGUAGUAAAUCUAAAUCGGAUCGUUCAACGUUAAAGACACCAACAUAUGAUGAAGUUCCUGGGAUAUGUAAUACAGACAAAUCUGUAACCAAUAACGAUGUAACUCUGUAUGAAACAAUAAGGUGUGUAACACGUAAGAAAAGUCAUAAUAACAAAAUAAUUAGUUCCAUUUCUGAUGAUAAGUCAUACGCAAAAGUGUUAAGUGUGAAGAGCAAUUUGUCAACGAGUGACAGUAAGACUUAUGAAACUGUCAGAAGUGUUCAUUUGACAGACAGUGAAACUGUUUCAAGUGGUACGAAAGGGGGUACUCAAUAUACCUCCAUGGAUCAAGGUAUCCUGCUUACAGCUGAUGUAUGCAACACUGAGCCAUGUACAGAACAAGAUUGUGAUCGCUUACAUGAUAUGUGUGCAUUGUGUGCUAGUAACAGCCUCGCAGAACAAGCAACACAUAUCUGUCUAACUUGCAGCAAAUUUGGGAGAUAUUUCUGUUAUAAAUGUCUUCAUUUACAUAAUAAAUUUAAUUACGACCAUGAUGUAAGAUCCCUGUCAGCUCCGAUGUAUGACAACAGAUUUUCGGAAAGCCAAGCUAUCACAAAACAAAUAAAUAAACGCCCAAACAGCUCUGUCUUAAGUAAUACAUCAAUAGCAGAAAUCCGAUCGCAGAAUGCACUUCAUUUACAAUCAGAGAUAGCACAACAAUGUCAAUACGAAAUGGCGAAUUUUUCAACUGAAGAAACAAAUAGAAACUACAAAACAGCCAACUGGAUCAAUGAGGCGACCAGCUGGAAUCCUGCUAGACCCUCUGUGCAAGAUAAAGAACGAAAGUUUACCUAUGGACCACACUGGAACCCAAAAGUGCAUAGUUGCUGUAACGAGGUUCAGAAUAAACCAUACCAACUAAUGAAUGGAGGCGACACUGUAAUGAGCCGAUUACAAGAGCAAGCAAAAGACACUAACUCAAAUUAUGUUUUGCAAUGUGAAUUACCGACUCAGCAUUACGGGGUUGUCGGAAAAAUAAAUGAACAACUUACUCUUACUCGGAAGUACGCAGAACAUUGUUUAAAAUAUGAAGAGCGUAUCAAGAACGAAGAAAAUGAAAGAUCUAACAUGGCGACGGAUUAUGUCGAAAACGCGACCAACGAAGCAAUGAGGCAUGAACGGCAUUCACCAAAAUUGCAACAUUCAUAUCAGCUGAAAAGAAAUGGAGAUUUGUUCUCGUUACAGACAACAUCGAAUCGACGACAUGAAUCAGUGAACAGGUCUAUUAAAAUAUCAACACAGUUUUUAGAACUGUACAAUAAGGAAUGGGCAGAUGGUUUCACUGCCCUUGUUCACGCAGACAAAGGAAACAAAACUGAACAACAAGCUUGUGACCUUCUCCUACGAGUAUUAACUACUAUAUAUUUGAUGUGCAAGGAAAAGGUUCAGAUCAAUCCAAAAUCGAAUACGUCGAUAUCCUCAAAGAAUAAGACUGAUGAAAUUGCUGCUACUUUGCAAGAUGAAAGGAGGAAGCAACCUACUUAUCUUAUGAAAGAAAUAACAAGGGAAGUCAUGCAUUCUUUUCAAGAAUCCCUACCGAAAGAAGAACGUUUACUUAUAACUCAAUUUAUCAUCAGAUGUGCAGGAGUAUGUUUUCUUAUGGUAAACCAAGAAUCGCAGUUCUGUAUAGAUACGAACAUAAAUCGUCAUGGAGAACUUGUCGAUGCAAACCGAUACAAAGCUUAUCGAGCACAGGGAAACUCUAUUGACUACAUAGUUUGGCCUGUCUUGUUUUUGGAAGAUAACGACACAAUUGUUAACAAAGGAAUUGUACAAGUAAUGAAGCAAGACAGCUGUAUGUAGAUUACAAGACGCUACGAAUUGACAUAUAUAAGUGUAACUCUAUUUUUUCAGGUAUAAUCAUUGUUACAGUAUAUAUGUUAGAUUUAUAACAGUUGUGUUAUCAUACAACCACCUAAAGACAGCAGUUAUGGGUCAUUGUACAACAGGAGUAUAAUGUUGCUACAUAUGUAUUCAUGUACAACAAACUAUCAUAUCAUCUAUCAAAACUGGUAUUAGAUGUGUGCAACUUGCUUAAUCGUGCCCUUAAGGACAUGCACUGCAUUCCCUGUAUAUGAGAUGGGCGAAUUCUUUCCCAAUAAUAUAAUUUCUUCGAACUUUGGAUAUUGAAAGACAAUCAUCUAAG